AGGAUCAACUCCUUAACACCACAUUCACUUGUUUUGUGUGAACAACACGGUUAAAAAUAUUCUUAUAUACAUUUCAUGUGAUUAAAAACUUGCCAAAAAAUCAAAUAGGGAUUUGACAUUAAGUUGCCAUCAGUUGGUAUAGUGUGAAGGUGACGAGCGAUGAGUCAUGUACAUAAAUGGUAAAGCAUUGAAUACUUAAUUAGAAAUUUCAAUAUUCAAACAAUUUCGAUUCGAUAAUGAAUAAUCCGACCGAAGGGUUUAUUGCAGUACAUCUGGGCGCAGGGCAGCACUCUAGCACAUUGAAGGAAAAGUAUUUCAAAUUAAGUCAAGAAGCGUGUCAAAAGGGAAUAGAAUCUCUCAAAUCAAGUAGCAGUGUAUUGGAAGCAGCAGUUAGUGCUGUGACUGUAUUGGAAGACUCCCCAUUGACAAAUGCUGGAUAUGGAUCUAACUUGACUUAUGAUGGAAAUGUUGAAUGUGAUGCAAGUGUCAUGGAUGGCUCAAAUUUGCAAUAUGGAGCAGUUGGUGCCAUCACUGGGGUGAAAAAUCCCAUUCAAGUUGCUAAAUGCUUGUGCCAAUACCAAACAGUAAACAUAGGACAUGGCAGAGUUCCACCAAGCUUAUUGACCGGAUCUGGUGCAUCAGCAUGGGCCAAAGAAAUGGGGAUUCAAUGUGUACCUGCUGAAAAUUUGAUUUCGGCAAAAGCUGAAAAAAUUUACAAACAUUACAAAAGAAAAGUUGAAGGUGAUUGCAGCAAAGUCACUCUACAAAUUAAAAAACGUAUGGAUACCGUAGGUGCUGUUUGUAUUGAUGGAUGUGGUAAUGUUGCAGCUGCAUGUUCUAGUGGAGGAAUUAUAUUAAAAUUUCCAGGAAGAGUUGGCCAGGCUGCUAUUUGGGGUUGUGGUUCUUGGGCAAGUAAAGGAAAUAUUUCCGUUGGUUCUAGUACAUCUGGAUGUGGAGAACACCUCAUACGUACUUCGUUAGCUCGUACCAUUGCAGAUUGUAUUGUAGAUGCUGACUGCCCUACUACUAGUGUACAUAAUACCAUGACGUCAGAUUUUAUAAAUUCUAAGUUUUUACAAAAUCUCAAUGAAAAACUGUGUGGAGUGAUUGCCAUUAGAUAUUCUGCAGAAGACAAUAUUGGUGAUUUCCUCUGGAGCCAUUCAACAAAUAGCAUGAUAAUAGGAUAUAUGAAUUCCAGAAACAAAUCAGCAAAGAGUCAUAUGUCUACUCUGCCUAUUGCUGAUGUUGGAAAAAAACCAAUUGUGGAAGGAGUCAUGUUCAAAUUAAAAAACACUAAAAAAAUCGAGUGAUUUGUUUUGUCGUUUAAUACACUUUUGUACAAAAUGUAAUGUAAAACUUUUACUUAUUUUUUCAUUUAGUAAUGCAUCUAACUAAAAAUAAAUCUAAUUUUACACGAUGAUUUAUUCAAACAUAAGUUAAAUUUAUGGUG